AUUGAUCAGGUACAUGGCGCCUUUCAGUUUCGGCGGCCUGGUUGGAUUAUUUCGUCCCUGAUUUUUCCUGAUUGUUUCUCAGACAAUUUGUCUUGACACUUGUACUUAUUUGUUUCAGCAAAUAUGCCAGAUAGCAAUGCUGUCAAUGGUGUCACGUUAUCAGAUAAGCCGGAAAAGUUCAUUAAUACGAUUGACCCUGAAGAUCCAGAGUAUCAAAAGAGUUUGAUGCGCCCUGCUGCAAUCAAAGAAGAUGUUAACUUAAUGAUACAAAGAAGGCGUGUAUCAGGCAUAUUAAAGUCUGAAGCGUUUCGACGUGAACUAGAAGAGGUAGUACGAUCACAGUGUCAGUCGGGCGACUACCCUGGCAUGAGCACCAGCCUCCUCUCUCUUCAGCACAUAUCGGAUUUAUUUACUUCUGCUCCUUCUGGACAACCUGUCAGUGGAGGUGGAUUUUCAAGAGGCCAUCGAAGUGGUGUUAUUCCCAUAAACGACCUUCGUGGUGGUGAUGCUGCUGUGUAUUCUCGUCGCGAGCGUUCUCUUCGGUGCAAGUUGGCUUCAGUAUAUCGUCUAAUCGACCUCUUUGGUUGGAAUUCUAGUAUCUAUAACCAUGUGACUGUAUGUGUAAGCCGCAAUCAUGAACAUUACCUAGUGAAUCCUUUCGGCCUGCUUUAUCAUGAGAUAACUGCUUCUUCUCUUAUAAAAGUUGACUCCAAAGGUCAAAUACUUGACCCAGGAUCUACUAUACUGGGUGUCAACCAAGCGACAUGGGCUUUACACUCUGCUGUACAUUCAGCUCGAGCAGAUAUACGAUGCAUAAUACAUUUGGAUACUCCAUCAACCGUUGCUGUAUCUUGUAUGAAGUCUGGUUUAUUGCCUUUGUGCAACGAAGCAAUGAUCUUGGGCGAAGUUGCAUAUUAUACGCCAACCGGUGGAUUGAACUCCAGAACGAAUAAUGAUACAAAUGGGGAGUUCAGCGAUGCUAAGGAUUGGGCAGCUGAGUGCGCAGCUGUUAGUGAAGCCUUAGGUCCAACCGCUCGUAUUCUGUUUCUACGAAGUUUGGGAUUGCUUGCCUUGGGUGAGACUGUUGAAGAGGCGUGGCAUUAUGCAACCAAUGCGAUUGUAGCAUGUGAUACUCAACUUUUGUUAGCCUCAGUGGGCUCUGAAAACCUUAUACUUCCAACGGAGAAACUGAAACAAAAAACAUAUGAAACCUGGAGAACAGCAGGGUUGGGUGGUCUUAGUGGACCAGAAGCUGCACUAGCAAUGAGGCUGUCUUCACCUAAUAAAUCUCACAGCGAUGAAAAAGGACAUCAUUCUGCGACAAAUGGAUUCGCAUCAGAUCGUUCAAAUGCAGAAAACACAUUAACAAGGCCGUGGCGACUUGGUGAGCUUGAAUUCGAAGCUAUGAUGCGUCAUUUAGACAAUGCUGGAUGCCGUACAGGCCAUCUUUACAGACAGGAGGCUAUGGCAAGUCCACAUCGAUCUCGAAAAAGCAGAGUUAUAAACGGUCAUGGAGCCAGUAGUCAAGAUGAUGAAAUACAAAUUCCACCAUCUGCAUCAUCUGUAACUGCUACGAUGGCUUACUAUUAUGAUGAUGGAGUUCUUUCAGGUGAUGAGACUGACACACCUAGACCCUCAACUCUGAGGCGCGAAUUUUCGGAGAAGCGAUGGUUCAAUACACCAAAUAAAUACACCAAGGAGGUAAUUGAACCUGCCCCAGGUCAUCAACCAGUCUCACACUGGGUUUGUGAACGAGAAGCGGCUGUUCAUAAUGCAAUAUGUAAUGGCGCUCUGCCUCCACCAGCACCAUUUCAUCCUUUAACUCAUGGAGCAGUACCACUUGGUUCGACUGGUGGACCAGCGACAGGCACUUCUUCAGUCCUCUCACCGUACAAUGUUUUCGCCCCUCAAGGGUCUAAUCCGAAAGAAUAUCGUGACCAACAGAAGAAGGUAAAAGCAAAGUAUUACCAUGAUACCAAUACAGCAGGACCUCAGUCCCGAUUACUGGAUGGUCUUACAUGGGAUGAAGCUCGACGUGUUCGUGACGAAGGCCUAGUGAAAGUGCUCGGUCCAAGAGCUGCUGCUUUAGUAGCGGGCGGAGUUACUAGUGAAAUGCCUGUAGCUGCAGCCAGUAAAGCAAUCAUCCAGCGUGAUGUUCGUAAUGCAGCAGUUAUCUAUGAUGGUCUUUAUUCCCAUCAAAAUCCAUUUGAGAAAAUUACAGAUGAAGAAUUAGAAAUGUAUAGACGUGAAAUAGAACUGAAAAAUAAUCCUGAAUUACUUGCUGAAAUGGAUCGUCGCCAUCAUGCUGCUGGUCAGGAUACAUCUUUCGAAGCACCUAGUAAUACUACACAUCUUAUGGAUUCGCUAGCUGUUGACAGUGGAGCUACAGACCUAGAAAGUGCUAGUGAACUUGGUCCAGCGACUCAUUCUCUGGUACAACUGUCUGAACUAUCACCAUCUUUACAUGAACCACAUGAAUUAAUGGUUGGAGAGAUUCGUCAUUCUGAAACAUAUCCAGUCGAUAGUCCAAUUACUGGUCGUCUGGCACCACCAACUGCCACGGGAACGUUAACAUCAGAGCCGAGUGGAGCGGAAGAUAUAAGUGAAAGUGAUGGUAAACAUAAGAAAAAGAAAAGGCGUUUCAAACUCCCAUCAUUCUCUUUGAAACCUAAAGAUAAAUCAAAGAGCAAAUGAGCAAAGAAAAACAACAGUACUCAUCAUGAACGAAAUAAUCAAUCCAUUUUCCUUCAUCUUGUGCGGUAUAUUUGCAACACGAAGAUUUUUGCUUUCACCUCCUGCCCCACCACUUCCAUAUUAUAGUGAGACUACUCUUUCCCGUCAACAUGCUAAUGAAGCACCACACUAUACAUCUACAACAGCUGCCAGUUAAUAGAUUUGAUGAAAGUGGCUGUGCCUUAAUUGUCUUUUUCUUGUUUUCUACGCUAAAGUCCUAUUGCGUGUAUGCGAGGGAGUGAGUGAGUGAUAAUAAUUAUAAAAGAAGUAAUUUCUCAUGAUUGCUAGCCUGUAAGUUACACACACACACCGAUUAGUUACGCUUACGUAAUGUUGUUAGAGUGUGAUCAUAAUUUCUCCUUCUGGUUCUUUUUCUUUCUUGAUAAAAUUAUUGGUUAUUUCGCAUAAAAAGGAACAAUUUUCACACAAUUUAGUAUUAAUAGCAAGUAAGUAAUUAAUGAAUAUUGUGGUGGUCUAAUUUACUCCUGGAUUUGUUUAUUCUACAUCCUUGUUGAAGUUGUUGAUCUGUUGCCAACUGAAUAAUAAUAAUAAUUUUAAUAUGCUUCGCUUUCCCUUGAAUGAUAUGAUUUUUUUAAAUACAAAAAACAACUAGGAUCUUCUGUUUUCUGUGUUGUGAUCUUUCAUCUGGAGGAAAGAUCACUCUCUCCUGUUCUUUUUCUUACCUUAUUUUAGUUAAAUCUUCAUAGCUAUAAUUGACUAAAAUAAUUUGUAAAGAACUACUACCACUACCCACUGGGAUUUUUCUAUUUUUAAUGUUGUCACUGUUGUAUUUGCUUCUGCUCCCUCCCUUUCUUUAAUUAAGUAAUUCGCUUGUUUUUUAAAAGAAAUUGCCUACUAAGCUGGAAAAUUCUGUUCAUACAGUAUAAUAAUACACAUUACAUCUAUUGGUGGAUGAGUGUUUACGAUUCACAUCAUCAUUAGUUUACCAGCUGAUUUUGUUUAUGUAUAGAGAAAGAAAAUGUAGUCCUUUGUUCCUUCAUUUUAGCCAUGCUAUGCGUGUAUUCAUUGAUUCAUUCAACUGUGCAAUUGUUCGUUGUUACAACAUGAUUCUUAUGCUUCCCACCUCCAGCGUCGUAUUGAUUCGUCCGUUUAGCUUGUUUGUUUGUCUGUAUGACAUCAUUAUUAUUUUGUUUUGUCACCUUUAAUACUAUUGUUUCACCAUCUACUUAUGUGUAUAAAUUUGUUUUUUAAUGCAAUGUCAGCAAAGUUCUUUCUUCAUUUUGUCUAACACAGUCAAUAAACACAUCUUCGCUUUUCAUUUGUAUUCCGUUUAUUUUGUUAAAUUAUAUAUAUAUAUAUAUAUAUAUAUAUAUGGAAAAGUUUCCACAAACCUUGCUUCUUGUUUUAGCAACAGUAUAUGUGUGUGUGUAUGUAGCUAAAAAAGAACCUCUAAUUUCUUUCCGUUGUUAGAAAAUCUCCACCUUCACUAUUUCUUUUGUUGACAGCGAAAUAAUUUUUCUUUUUUCCUCUGAUUUAUAUUCCCACCCCCCCUUCAAUCCUUUUACGCCUGUAAUCACGAAUAUGCCUCACUUAAUAUAUUGAUAUUUGUUGAGUGAUCAAACAUUUAUGCGUGUGUUGUUUUAGAAUUUUCUCAAGUGCUCCCUGUGACUUGAUAAUGUGGUAAGGGGAGAAUGAACGCAGAAGAGUGUUUAGUUUCGAGGUGAACGGUACACUGAUUAAUAUAAGAAUGAGACUUGGGCACUGUGGUAGAGUAUGAUUCCAUAAUAUCAAAAAUUCGUUUGAUAUAAUCAUACAGUGAUAUAGCAUUAUUUAUUGAUGUUUUGAAUACUAUAUAUUGUUUAUAAUCAUAUCAAGGCAUCCAUAUAACCUUUUAAAUUUUAUCUUCAUAAUUCUAUUACUUCUCAUCAUCCGAUUUUACUAGUGAUAUUUCCCAUAUCUCUUGUAUUUGUGUGUUUGAGUCAUUCCUACUGCACAUGAUAGGUGUAGACUCAAUCAGCAAAGCUUCGAUGAUCAACUUUUUAAACUGUAGCUCUAUCCCACCCUACUGUGUGUGUUGAUUGUAUGCAUUGCGAUUGCUGAAUUCACCCAUAAACUGUUCAUCUUCGUGGUGUGCCUCCAAAGCCUCAGGAUGGUCGGGGGUGGGUGCCUUGCGCUGUGGGUU